CUGACCUACAGCUCCCUCUGUCUGCCAGAGAACAUCGCUGCAGGGGGGCUGCAGUCAAUCCCCAACUUCUACUACAGAGAUGAUGGCCUGAAGCUGUGGAACAUCAUCAACAGCUUUGUGAAGGCAAUAGUGGAGUACUAUUAUCCCUCAGACAGAGAGGUCCGGAAAGACACUGAGCUGCAAGGAUGGAUCUGUGAGAUAUUCACACACGGCUUCUUAGGAAACAAAGCCAUGGUGAUCUUCACUGUGACGGCUCAACAUGCUGCAGUCAAUAAUGGACAGUUUGACUAUAGCUCCUGGGCACCCAAUGGCACGCUCCUGCUGCACAAACCUCCUCCAACCACUAAGGGGCAGUCAAGCAUGGAGACAAUUUUGGAGACCCUCCCAAAUGUUGGAGAGACGAUCCUCUUGGGCACAUACCCUGAGGAACGAUUCGAUGAGCCUGCACCGAAGCAGGCGAUUAAGAAAUUUCAAGCUGAGUUGUCCUGCCUCAGUGAAGCAAUUACAGCAAGAAACUUGCAGCUUGAAGUACCCUACAUCUACAUGAACCCUACUCAGAUAGAGAACAGUAUAACUAUAUAA